AUGCCUGGUGUGAAACGUCGUGUCGACGCCGCUGAGGACCGCAAUGGAAAGCGGAGCAAGAGCCAGGUCUCCGCACCAGUGAAGAAAACCAAGACCGCCGCGCCGGCGAAGAAGGCGGCUGCUGCUUCUUCGAAAAAGGGCGUCAAGUCCGGCAAGACCGACAAGAAGGCAUCCAAGAAGAAGGUUCAGGAGGAGGACUCCGAGGAGGAUGACGACGACUUCGACAUCGACGAUCUUUCUUCGGCUUCCGGGGAUGACGAUUUUGAUACCCUGGAUGCUUCUCCCAAGGAUGUUGACAUGGACGGAGUGAGCGACGAUGAUGAGGACAGCGAGGAAAAGGAACCUGGGGAGCAAAAGAGCUUCAAGUCGGAUAAGACGGCUACCACCGCACAGGAUGGCAAACAACAGAACGGCGGCGAGGCAGCAAAGAGCAAUGCGUCCCGCGAGUCGCACGCAAAGCAAAAGGCCCUCCAGCUGGAGCGCAAGGCAGCCAAGCCCAAUGCUGACAUGAUCGCCCGCUCUAAGAAGCUCUGGGAGCAGCUGCGCCGCAAGUCCCACGUCCCGCUUGAACAACGGAAGAAGCUCAUCAAGGAACUAUUCGAGAUUAUCACCGGCCGCGUCCGCGAUUUCGUGUUCAAGCACGACUCAGUGCGAAUUAUCCAGACUGCUUUGAAGUAUGGUAACCUGGAGCAGCGCAAGGGGAUUGCGCAGGAGUUGAAGGGGAGCUAUAAGGAGCUGGCACAGAGCCGCUACGCCAAGUUUCUGGUUGGCAAGUUGAUCGUGCACGGUGAUACAGAGACACGGGAUCUGAUCAUCCCCGAGUUCUACGGACAUGUUAAGCGUCUUAUUCGCCACCCCGAGGCAUCGUGGAUUCUCGACGAUAUCUACCGUACAGUGGCGACCAAGGAGCAGCGCCGCCGAAUCCUCCGCGAGUGGUACGGCCCUGAGUUUGCCAUCUUCCAGGAUGACAAGGAGACGUCCGAUCUCCCCAAGAUCCUGGAGGCGCACCCUGAGAAGCGGUCGCCUAUCAUGCACUUCUUGCACGAGAUCAUCAACCACAUGGUUCAAAAGAAAACCACCGGUUUCACUCUCUUGCACGAUGCUAUGUUGCAAUAUUUCCUCAGCACCAAGCCCGGCAGCAACGAGGCGAACGAAUUUAUCGAGCUGCUCAAGGGCGAUGAGGAGGGUGAUCUGGUGAAGAACCUGGCGUUCACCCAGUCCGGCUCGCGCCUGAUGUGUUUGACCCUGGCCUACGCUGGUGCUAAAGACCGCAAGCUGCUUCUGCGCUUCUACAGAGACACCAUCAAGAUGAUGGCAGGCGAUGUGAACGGUCACAUGGUAAUCCUUGCCGCAUACGAAGUGAUUGACGACACGAAACUGAGCGGCAAGUCUAUCUUUUCGGAGCUCUUGAACCAGAACGAUGCGGAAGAGGCUCGCAAUGAGGAGCUGACCCUCCAGGUCAACGACUUGAUUGCCCGUGUCCCAGUGCUUUUCCCCUUCGCUGGUGAUCGUGUGAAGUGGCUUCUGCCCGAGGCCGACCAGGAAGUGCUCAAGGAGAUUCGCGAGAUCCGGAAAGAAACCUCGAAGAAAGAACCCGCCGUCCGGCGCAACGAGCUGGCUGCAGCCGCCUCGCCUACCCUGCUUGCCUUUAUUGCCGCCCGCGCCGAGACUCUGCUCCAGACGAGCUUCGGAUGCCAGUUCAUCGGCGAGGUGCUAUUCGAAGCUACCGGCGACAAGACCGCCGCCCUGGAGGCCGUCGCCAACGCCGCGAAGACCAAGGCUGUCGCCAAUGCCGAGAAGCCCGAGGCCGAGCAGGGCGACUCCGACCCUGCCCCCGAGCAGCGGGACUCUGGCGCCGCCUUCGGGCGUCUGCUUAAGUCCCUCGUGCAGGGUGGCCGGUACAACCCGGCCACCAAGUCUGUGGAAAAGCUGAGCCCGCCUCUGAACUUCCACGACCUGCUGUACGAGCAGAUCCGCAACGAGGUUGUGGAGUGGGCCACGGGCCCCGAUACCUUUGUAAUUGUCGCGAUGGCCGAGUCGGACGACUUCAAGGGCAAGAGCGAGCUGCUCAAGACCCUCAAGAAGAAUCAGAAGGCGCUGACGAAGGCCGCGGAUUCCGGCAAGGGCGAGAAGAAGGCUGGUCCCGCGGCCAGCGGUGCCAAGCUGCUGCUGCAGAAGCUAUAG